CUAUUGGAAGAGUGUAACGGCCGCUAUAUGACCAUUGUCCAUAACCUGCAAUACAAAAUGUUUGCAAUUAAAGGUUCAGUACACCAUGAUUUUGAGGAGCCUAGCUGA